AUGAUCGCGGUUGAAAAAGAUCGAAAUUUCCGAUUCCUGAGAUCCUUUGGUGUCGAAGGUAAAGGGUAUGUGGCAGUGGUAGGUAGAACAGGGAAGAGGGACAUUGUUUUCAUUUCCGUCUACCUUGAAACCAGUGUAGGCCUCACUGGAGGACACAACCCCACCAUUGUCGGUGAUCUUCUUGCCUUCAUUAAAGGCCUUACCAUUGAAUGGUUUGUGGCUGGGGAUUUCAACAUCCCACCACAAGACAUACUCGAAACCUCGAUUGAGUCCCUCUUGCGCGGGAAAGUGCUAGCUACCAACGAGCCCACCAUUAUGGGUGGCAAUGAAAUCGACUUUGCCAUUGCUAGCCACACCGUCUCAAAUGGGCUCGAAAUCAAAACUGAUUGGGACGUUCCCUUCAGGCCCCAUUGCGCCAUUCGGUACACACUCAAUGUAGGGGUUUUCCGGGUCUGUACCCUACAAGCCAGGCCCUGCCGAAGACCUGUUGACGAUGAACAGGCACCAUUCCAAGGACAUUUUACCUUGGUUUAUCCCAGCCUCCUCCUAGAGCCGAGGGCGGAUGACGCCAUUACAGCUGGGUUUGCCGGUUUCACUCAGCGUGUUGAGGCGAGCCUCUAUCCCUCAGACAUCAGAGGCAGGGGUUGCCAGGUUGAAACCCAUAUUGGACCACUAGCCCCGCCCAAACCUACAGGUUUCGUCUGGGCUGGUGGGAAGUCCAAAUUCUGGGGUAGACUUGCGGUCUGGCACCGGCAAGGCCUCCGCAUUGGUCUGAAUCCCAAGCUUCAGCAGGUGGUCCAAUCCCACCUCUCCCAACUCCUUCUCAAUUGGGAGGAAUGCGACGCAUUCAGGUGCCAGACAGCGGUUAACCUCGUCCAAGAGCACUUUGGAAAAGAAGGGACCAAAGCCAAAGAGGUCAAACAAAUUAUCGAAACACAACGAAAACUUCACCUCAGGAAAGCACAUCAGGAACAAGCCAAAAAGUACGAAGCCUGGCUCCAAGGUGAUGGGAAAAACCAUCUGCGCCACCUUUACCGGGCACUCAAGACUGAGGAAAACAUCACUACUCGCCCAUUUGCGGACCUUGCGGUGGAGGUUAAGCCUCACGCCAGAAGGGCAUGGUGGGCUGACAUGUGGGCCCCAAGUGGGUUAAGCGGCACUCAUGGCACCGACCCUCGCUUGGCCUUGCAGAACAAAGCGAGGCAACAAGCAGCCAACCUCCCGCCCAUUUCGGCGGAGGAAUGGAAUUCCCUCCUAAAAAAGGUCCCAAACAAAGCCCCAGGCCCAGAUGGGUGGUGCUAUGAAAUGCUCCGAGCAUUACCUCAUGAAGCCAUUCUUGAAUUGGCUAGCAUGGUUCGACAAUGGGAAGUUGAAGCCCAGUUUCCGCAGCACUGUGAUAUCACACAGUAUGCCAUGCUCCCCAAAAAUGAAACAUCCGAAAGGCCUAUUGGGUUAACCCAUGUCCUCCACAGGAUAUUUUGCAAGGCGAGAUGGCAUCUUAUCACAGAGUGGGAGAACAGUUACAACCCUACCUCUCCCUGGAAUCAGGCUAAGGCAGGGAACAGCUCCCUUGACACGGCCCUCCGCCGCCUAAUCAGGGCUGAAACUAACAAAAGAGAGAAGCGUCACACCAUUACACUUCUCCUUGAUCUAACAUCCUUCUAUGAGACUGUCCCACAUUGGCAGCUCCUAGCCCAGGGUGUCAGACACUCCUUUCCCCCGCUUCUACUUGAAAGAGCGUUAAGCCUUUACUCAGGCAGCCGAUACAUAGAAGCGCAGGGGAGUCUGUCUCGCCCCAUCCGAGCUACCAGAGGUCUCAUAGCAGGUUGCCCUCUCGCCCCUGCUCUUUCCAGAGUUGUGCUCCACGAUCCGAUCUCGAAGAUGCACUCUGCCUCCCCUGUACACCACAUCGAUUUGUGGGUGGACGACUGCUCAGCAGAUUUUGUCGAUUCUCAUGCGCCAACAGUCGCUACUCAGGCCAUCAAGUGCUACAGGGAGCUUAAAGCUGACCUCGAGAACCAGGGCCUGCUGGUCAGCACCACCAAAACGGCUUUCAUCUGCUCAAACAAGGCCUCUGCCAGAGAGCUGCAAUCCUUGCUCGGAGAACAUGAACCCCCCAUCAAAACCUUAGGCAAGGACCUUGGUCUGGAUUAUGCUGCGGGACAGAGGAGGCGAAUCACAGUGGCCAAAGGCAGGCACGCUAAAGGAGGGCAGCGAGCCAGGAAAUUGACCAAGCUGCAAGUCAAAAGCACUAGCAUCCGGGUUAGACUCUUCAACGGUUCCAUCCGGUCCUCCGCCUUGUAUGGGCAUGAAGGGGUUGGGGUAGCGCCUAAACGGCGCAAAUGGUUCAGAAGUUUGCUUGCUGCGGCCUUGGGCCGACCCACGCUUGCCAGCACUGACUCAGCCCUUGAGUUCCACUCGAACAAAGUUGUAGACCCAGCCUACACCAUCAUGUCACAGCAUUUCAAGGCGGUACGGCGGCUUCUUCUCAGCUGGCCCGACAGGGACAUUGGCAGAUUGCACCAAAGCUGGGACAAACUCGGGCAAUGGCUGAGCGAAGCUGAACAUCCCUGGAAAAGGGCGGCUGGACCGCUUGGAGCCGCCUGGUGCUACCUUCAAGAGUUGGGGUGGGAGGCUAUCAGCCUCAGUAAGUGGCGCGUUGAAGGCGACAUUCUUGACAUGCGUCAGGGACCUGACUUCCAUAGACUUCUUUUCCAGCUAAAACAUCUAAUUGACACCAGGCGACACCGCCGCAUUGCUCAAUCAGAUGGUGGCAAAGGAUUAGAGACAGGACCGGACUGGACAACCCCCAGAAGGCUCCUCAAACAAGCCAACAAGCAGGAAAAGGCGGCGCUCCAAGCGUUGUGGCAAGGCGCCGUCAAGGCUUCUCCAACAGCCACGUGUUCCCUAUGCAACCUACCUGCCACCAAGAAGCAUGUACUCUGGGAAUGCAAAUGGUGGAAAAAGCAUGGUGAACAACCGCCUAGAUGGUGGGAAGAUUACCCGGAGCAUCAAUCCACCGAUUGUCUGUGGAAUUUUGGGCUCAUGCCCAACCUUCCCAGGGAAAUGCCCUCCGGAGAUUCCAUUCUGGAAGUCCAGGGAGUCCUCCGCAAUCCAGACCAAAUCCCUAAAGGCGCUUUCGCGGCCACUGACGCCAGUGGUGGCCCCACCACUGACCAUCGGCUUCAAACCGUGGUGUGGGGGUUGAUAGUCUAUGAAUGGUGUGGGGACACGCCCAAGCAAAUUGGGUCCAUUGCUGGUCUCCUUGGUAAUGAGCAGUCAGUGUACCGAGGGGAGGCUAAGGCCAUCCAACAAGCGGCCCUUCUCCUUCCAGAAGGGACCGACGUCACCAGUGAUUGCAAAGGGGCCGUUGCGCGUGCCAGGAGGGGCCCUGCGGGGGGAGGAGCACACCAAGACAUUUUUGGUACUGCGCCCACCCAUGAGCUUCGCCUUACAUGGGUCCCAUCCCAUUUGGGAUGUGAGGAAUUUAAGGCAAAAAUGGGGGAAGGCCAAGAAUGGCGGCGCAACAUCAAUGCUGAGGUAGAUGCAUUGGUGUCCAGACAUGCCAAAGCCCUCUACAGCACUGAGCGUGCAGAAAGGCUGCAUAAACAUGACAAACUGGCUACCGAUGUGGCCGGCCCGGAUCCCCCCGCCGUGAAUCCGGCGGAUGGCAUUCCAGGGGGCUUGGUGCAAGGCACCCUGGACGUUAAAGGUAAAGGCGAGAUCCCCUUCAAGCGGCCUUCCAAGAAGGACAGAGAUCGCCUUAAGCAGCUGGGUUUGUGGCCACCUCCCAAGGGGCAAGGCAAGAACGCCCGAACAGGCCCACACCCGGCAGAGGAAAGGGGUCACGCCAGACCACCCACACCUCCCCCCGUCAGACGGCGAGCUCCAGCAGAAAGAAGUCCUUCAACGAGCCGCAGCCGCACACCGCGCCAAGAGGGGACUGAUGCAGAAGCACCAGCUGCGGAGUCUCCCUCGCAGUCUUCGCACUCGACGGAGCUUCGACGAGCCUCGCCCGACCCACCGCAGCACCAACCUGAGCCGAGCCCAACCCCACCUGCCGAGGGGGGAGAGGCAGACACCAACCCAAUGCCAGUCAAACAGGAGUCAACCGAGGAGUUUAGCUCCGGAGAGUCGUCUGAAGAGGCGGCACCUCUUCCACCUUGGCCUCUCCUGGCAGAUAGCCUCCACCUCACGGUUGACCGGGUUCGCCGUAGCAACAACCGUGACUUCUGGCUGUCUAACCUCGGCCCAACCUUGUGGUUGGAUUGCUUCCCAACCUUCAAGGAUUCCAACCUCCUGGGCAUAGGGGGAACGCGAGCAGUGUACACUUCACCCACCUCAGACGGCAAGGUGUGGAAGAUUGCUCUCAAAGCAGAGCCCAGCCACCAUGGGAUUGAGCAAACAAUUGGGCAACGGCUCCCAGGUUUAUGUGCCACUCAAACCAGGAUGGUGGGGACGGGGCAGCUCACCAUCCGCGACUUUAAGACCCUGGAGAUUGAGGUCUUGGAGGUUGAGCGUCUCACGCUGUUGCCUGACCAGCCUUCCAACCUCCAGGUCUUGCACAUGUUCAUGGUCCUCACAGCCCUUGUGGGUGCCGGCAUUUGGGUCAGGGACCUGAACAAAAAGAAUUGGGGGGUGCGUCCCCCCAAUCCACACGGGCCCGAUCAAGGGCCCGCGGAAAUCGUGGCCCUAGAUUGUGGGGGUUGGGCAUUCCAAGAUGCCCCGCUUGGUUUUCCCCAACGCGUGCGCAUUGCCUCAUGGUGGGGAUGGAUCGAAGCCACCACCCCCGAGGUAGCGGCGUGGGCCAGAGGCGUCGUCCGCACGGACCAUGCUAGCCCGCGGCGACUCGCCAUCGCCUUCAGGCAGCGCCUCCUGGCCACAGAUGGGGGGAAGGAGGUUCUUGGGACUUUGGUCCGUCAAGGGGUCAUCAUCCCUAGUCCCUCGCUGAACCUGUGCCUCCCGAUGACGGUCAAUGGAGUCAACAGCAGCGGGGACUGGUGCUUCGCCUCAAUUGAAGACCUUGAGGCGUAA